CGUGAACGAGCGGCGUAAACCUGAUAUGGGAUAGAUACAGACCAGUAGAAGCCCAUGCUAGGCACGUUAAGCACCCAUUUACCAUGAGUGUAUAUUCUUGUAGUUUCAGUAGUUGUUGAGUCCAUAGGUCAUUCGAGGGCGUCCCCGGGUUCCACCGAAAUGCCGAACUCCAACAUCGCGGCAAGCCUCCUUGCUAUCAAGCCUGUGCACCGCACCGCUGACGACGUGGAGCAGUUGGUUACAUGCUUAAGUGAACAGCCCUUCUUCUCCGGUGUAAGCCUCUCACACCUGCAGCUCCUGAGCAGCUACCUAGCCCUCCACCGCGCCGCUCCCGGGAAUGUGGUGGUGCAGUCGGGGGAGGUCACGGACAGACUCUGCCUGCUCCUGGGCGGUCGCUGUUCCGUAUCUCGUCACUCGCGGCGGGAGGGCUUCCAGCCGCCCGCGCCGCAGCCGCUGCUGCCGGGUCAGGCGGUGUGCGAGGCGGCGCUGGUGGUUUCGGGGCGCACCUCGGACAUCACCGUCACGGUUACUGGGGGAGGUGGUGAUGCGCGGGAGGGCGGUGGCGAGGAGGGCGAGGGCGCGGUGCUGGCGGUGCUCACCAGGACGGCUUGGAGCGACAUGUGCGCAAGGGCGCCCAUUCAGCCCGAGUGCGGCGAGGCCCGGCUGGCGCUGCUGUGCUGCUGCGCCCGCUCGCUGGCCGCCACGCCGCCCGAGCAGCGCUCCCCCGAGCAGGCGGAGGACCUGGCGGCGCUGCUGAGGCACAUGCCGGGCUUGUCCCACACGCCGGCGCAUGUGCUGCGGGAGAUGUCGGGCAGCGCCCGCCUGGCCGCGCUGCCCGCCGGCACGGUGCUGUUCGAGGAGCACAGCCGCGGGGACUGCGAGUUCCUGGUGCUGAGUGGGGCGGUGGAGAUGCAUGUGCGGCCCAAGCGCAAGGGCGGCGCCAACCGCGCAGCGUUGCGGUCGGCGCUGAAGAGCGCGGUGGCCGCUGCCCGGACUCGGAGCGCACUGGGGGGGCGCAGCAGGGGCGGGGCGGGGGGCAGUGGGGGAGGUGCGGGGGGUGCGGGUGGAGGAGGGCAGAAGACGAUACGACAGAAGAUUGAAGAAGAGCGGAGAGCUCGCGAGGAGAUCCGAAAGACGCUGGCGCUGCAGCGGGAGGGGCUGCGCACUCCGCAGCCGCAGCCGGCCAAGCGCCGCCCCUCACGCGCCAAGGAGGUCGGGGAGGAGUUCAAACGUUGGAUGCUGGACUUCCUGAACAAGAAGCGCGCGGUAGCAGCCGAAGACGGUUCCGGGCCCUCCUGGGAGUCGGAGUCCGACCUGCGGAACCUGCGAGGGGCGUACGGCGGCCGUUCGCUGCAAGCCGGGCCGCCCAACGCCAAGACCGCUGAUGCCUGGCGUCGUGCCGCUUACAGGGCCCUGCACCCUGAGGGGGCGGGUGGCAGCGGUGGGGGCGCCCGCGGCCAUGGUUGGCCGUGGGGUGAGGGCGGCGCGCCUGCGGACAUGACAAUGCUGGACUACGAGCGGAGGAAACAUGAGGAGGCGGGCGGCAUGAGGGAUGUGGGCAACUUGCUAGGGGGCGCCGCAGCCCGACGUGCCUACAUGCAAGGUAUCAACAAGCACGGCGGCGGCUAUGCGGACGACCAACCGGAAGAGGAGGAGGGGGCGCACGUGCACUGGGGGACCGCGACGGAGGUUGGAGGCGGCAGCAGCAAGGCAGCAGCUAAUGGCGGCGAGCAGCCGCAUGGGGUUGACGGUUCGGACGAGGAGGAGGAUGAGGAGGAUGAGGGAAUUGAGGAGGAUGAGGAGGAGGCUGACCCGUGGGUCAGGCUGACGUAUCUUGACCGGCGCUACCGCGUCGUGCGGAAGGCCAUCAGGUACAUGACUGCCGUGGAAAAGGUCAUGGGCAUCGCAACCAGCAGCUCUGCCAGCAACGCCGGCAGCGCGCUUCCAGCCAUCAGCCAAAGCCAAGCCGCCGCCUCCGCCUCGCACGGUGCCUCCCCUUCCUCCUCCUCCUUUCCAAUCGGGCGCGUCCCAUCGCUAGCGCGAGCCCAGCUGGACUCUGACGGGCUGAAUGCCGACGCGGGGGGUGAUGACGGUGCCGAUGACGCCGAUGCCGAUGCCAAUGAUGAUGGUGCGGAUGGGGAUGCCGCCGGCGACGAUGAAGACGACGACGAUCCCAUUCAGGCGCUGUUGCUGGCUUCCGGCGGGGAGAGUCCGGCUUGUGAUGGAUCGUCCGGAAGCGACCGAGAGGGCACUGGCGACGGCUGCACCCCUGCUGCUGGCACUGCUGCUGCUGCUGUUGGUCCUGCUGCUGCUGCUUCGUCAGCUAGUGGUGCGGGCGGUGAGGCAACCGGCGGGCGAGGGCGCGAACAAGACACAGGCAGUGGCAUUGCCGCAACGGCCGCAACGCUAGAGACCAAGGCACGCGGCGUGACAUCCCCCUCCUCCGCUGCUCCUGCUACUGCCUCCUAUAGCACUGCCACCGGCAUUGCUAGUCCAGCAGCAGGGACUGCUGCUGCUGCUGGUUCAGCAACUGCUGCUGGCUCGACAGCUGCCACCGAUACGACGGUUGCUGCUAUCGGUACGACAGCUGCUUGUACGACAGCCACUGCCGCUUCCGGCCCCGUUGACGAGGCUGCUGAGGUGUUUGAGGCGUGCGAGGAGCACCUGGAGCAGCUGUACGGCGGGGCCACGGGGCUUGUGGAGGCAGGGCAGGUGGCGGGGGAGCUGAUGCAGCCGCCUCCCGAGGGGCUGCUGCCGGUGGUGGGGGCGGAGAGGAAGCCGGCGAGGCAGCGACGAGCCUACUCGGGCAUUGCGGGUCCCUCCGGCGCCGACGUGUUGGUUGUUGCGCUGUCGGCGCUCCGUCGGGGCCACGCCGCGGUUCGCGACGACAUGAUCAGCGAGCGCCUGGCCGCCCUGACCGCCCUGGAGCCGCUGCGGGGCCUCAGCGACGAGCACCAGGCGCAGGUGGCGCUGGGCUGCAAGCUGCUGUGCCUGGACGCGAACCAACUCAUUGUACGGCAGGGGCAGCAGGUGGAGGCCAUGUACGUGGUCAUGGAGGGCGAGGUGAGGCUCCUGGACGACCCAGACGGCCUGGCAACCGCCUCAACGGUGGCGGCGCCGCCGCAGCUACAGCCGCUGUCGCCACCUGGCGGCGGCAGCGGCGGCGGCUCCGGCGGCGGCGCUAGCGGUGGCGGCAGCAGCAGCAGCCCUAGCGUCCCGUCCGAUCCGCCCUCCGCUCGGCUGUCUUCAACAGGGAUGGCCCCUACAGGAGCAGCAGCAGCAGCUGGCGGGGGCGGAGCAGGCGGUGGGGGUAUGAAUGGUGGCGGCGGCGGUGGCGGUGGCGGCGGAGGGCAGCUGGUGCCGAUCAAGGGCCGUCGUACGGUGGGGUCGCUGGCUCCGCUGACGCUGCUGGGACCUGGCGGGUCGUUUGGGGAGAGCGUGCUGGGCUUUCCGGAGGACAUCCGCAAGGGGUCGGGAGCGAGUGCGAGCACAUCACAGGGUCGUGGCAGCACCGGCGAUGGCAGCGAGUUGUCCUUCCCCGGCAGCGCCUUCCUGGCCAGUGCGGUGGCGGCUCGAGCCUGCAAGCUGCUCGUGCUGCCCAGGUCGCUCCUGGCGCGCUUCGCCUACCUGAGGAGCGCGAUGCCGCCCUUCGCCGCCCAGCGGCGCGAGGCGAUCCUCGGCCGCCGACAGCAGCUCAAGAACUCGCUGAUGCAGGGCCGACCCGGCAACUCGCAGGCUGUUGCCGUGCUGCGGGCCGCGGAGUUCAUGCCGGGGCAUCAGCUGCCGGUGCUGCUGGCGCCCAUGCCCUCGGGCGGCAGUGGGAGCAGCGCGGGCAGUGGGGCCGCAGGGGGAGCGGGAGGAGCGGGAGGAGCGGGAGCAUGGCAUGCAACGCGACCCCCGCCCAUGAGAAUGUCGGAUGGCUUCGAGCCCAGUGGGUUCAAGCCCCCCGUGCUUCGGCGCGUCUUCAACGGCCUCUCCAAACCCGCGCCAAUCUGCCCCAACGGCGGCGGAGGCGGAGGAGGAAACGGCUCUUCCUCUCCCGCCACCGCCGUCCUCGCGUCCCUCAGCAACGGCCCCCCGACCGGCGCCGGCAGCCUAGUCUCACCUAGCGGCGGCAGCGCCUCUGCCGCCGCUACCACUUCUCCUUUCCCCUCGCCUUCCCCUUCCUCCCCCAUCGCUCCACUCAGCCCUCCUCCGCCUCCGCCGCCACCACCCAUCCAAGACCGGCGACGAAGGCAAGACCUGGUCGCGGCUAGCACCUUCGCCCCCAACUCGCCUCACCAGUUAAACAACGCCCUCAUCAGGCCUCGAGCGGAUGAUCCCAUGGUCAUUUCGGCGCUUGCGUCGCCUAGGCCCAUUGCGCCGUUGACGAUACGACAGGGCGCCUUGCCUCAAUUCCGUACUUGCGCUUCGGUAGACGGGUCUGGAGCGCCGGGGAAUGUGCUGCUGCCCAUUGCGGUUCUUGCCAGCCCCACGGUCGCGGCUUCUGCGGGUGCAUGCAUGCCGGGUGCUGCGGGCUUCCCUGUCAGGAUGCGCGCGUCCGCAUCGGGUGCGAUCGGCGGUGACAGUGGCGGCUGUGGUGGCGCCGGGCCGGCAGCGGGACCCCAGAACCAUGCAGCUGCUGACGGCUGCGGCGGCGGCGUUUCGAUGUCCGCAUCCAGUCCGACGCCACAACGCUACAGUACGUCGGGGUUACCGGUUGCUCCGGGUGGUGGUGGUUCGGGGCAGCAAGCACCGGGUACGGCGACUGCUGUCACGACGCCACGUAGCACACGGCAUGCGCCGCUGCCAAAGCUAGCCAGUCCCAUCUCCGUUAACAGCAGCGCUAACGGUACCUUGAAUGCGGCAGCUAGCGCUGCUGUUGCUAUGAAUGGUGGUAGCGGCGGCGCCCCAACCGUCACGCUGACGGCGGUGCCUGUUGUAAAACCGCUUCUGCGGCCUGUACGGCAUGGCGACUCACUCUUGGUCCAUUUGGAUUCGAACACUCCUGGCCGCGGCUCGUGUGAUGGGGGACCUCCGUGUUCUCCGCACCAGCACGGCAAUGUACGGAAUGGCCGUUCGACCACCGGCACCGGUGUCGUACCGGGCGGUGCUGGUAGCGGCAGCACUGGGAGCUGUGGAGCAGCCGGCGGCGGCAUGCCCUCCCUGACGUCACCGUUGAUAUUGCAACCGCUGAGACCCAUGGGUCAGCAGUCCUCACGCACGUGAGACGUAGCAGGAUGGAAGAGAUGAAGCGUGGGUGGAUGGAUUACAGAGUUGCUUGUUUCAUGCCUGGGGACGCCUUUGUGGUCGGCAUGCAGGUUAUGCAUUUAUGGUCGAUGUCACUCAUAUGUUGCUGACCUGACAAAUGUGUAAUUCUUUUAUCGGCGUUGCCGUUGCUACAUCGGACUUGGACCUGUACUGUCGCUUGACACAGGUCCUGAGGAAGGGCCAGCAGCGUGCGAUGCUGCGUGGGGACUUUACACCGGUAGUGCGCAUGUUGCGUGGGGAGUGAGAUGGCAGGUGGUGCCGUGGCCGUCGUGGUAUAUGUAGUGAUGUGUCUCAGGCUUUCAUGUUUUGGCAGUGGGUUUUAAGUUGCAUCCUUGUACUUCUCCGAAUAGAACUGUACUUGUUCAUCUAGGCAACGAGCCAUGUCUUGAGGGGCCAGCCAACGCAACGGGUCUUCCUCUGUGCUCCUCUCUGCAUUCCAUGUGGGAUGACCGUCCGCACGUCUGUUUGAGUGUUUUCUGUCAAGUAUGAACCAACCAAAAAGCCAAAUUCACCUUAGACGGACUCAAGCGUAAAGUGCAAGUGCAUCCUUUGCAUGGGUUGCUUUACUGGAAUGUAUGUUGCCUGUCCUUGCGGUUCCAUGGUAGUGUGCGGCUGUAAAUUAUCAUUCGGUCCAUUAUGGUUACAGGACCACUUUCUUACCGUACAAGCGUACCAACGUACAAACGUCCGACAAAACACCAUUCGGCGGCAUCCUCGGUUGCACGCCGCAUACCUUUAACGAUGCUCGCUCGCUAAAGCUUAAUAUAAACAGAGCAGUCAAACCUUGAAAACAUUCCACAUACAAAACCACACACGUCAGCAACACGACGUGACAUGCACAGUCCCGAAGCCGCUGUUGGUGCUGUUUCAGACGGGCUUUUGGAGAGACGCAGGGGACAGCCAACAUGGCUAAGGGCCCCGCUUUCACCCAAAGCUGCUGCACCAGCCACAGUUAAAAGAGGCGAACCGCGCUAUCAAAGUAAGCACCACCGCAGCAUUCUUGGAAAGACGUACGAUCCCAAGUGGGCACCUAGGGUGACGCAAGUCGUCAUGUGAACAUGUGAGUCAAUGCGUCACGUGCGCGCGGGUCAACGCUUCUGACGUUCUGCCUGUUGCACCCUUCCACGGGGUAAAAGCAGGGAACGCAGGCAAGCGCUGAUCAUGGCCUCCAGCGGAGAGUGUAAAAACUAGUCCAUCGGCCACUGUCUG